UUGAAUAUGUUGAAAAACAAGUGAAGUGCAGCAAAUCAAAUCACUGUUAAAAUAAUCAAUCUAAACGCUUACACAUGCAGAAAGAAUUAACAUUGCAUUUUGCGUGAAAGGAAAGCUCCUUAACAUCAACACGUCUCUUUGUCUCCAAAGCACUUUUUGUGGAUGAUAACAUAACAAGUUAGAGAGGAGAAUGCUAUGCACUAAAGUUGACUUUUACAGCAAAACAAACGGAGCCCUUGUUGCCUUGGCUCAGCCUUGCUUGGAUGACACAAUUGAGCUGCAGGUGUUACAAGAUUUAUCUGUAAAUGCUUGGUGCGUCACAGUCAUGUAAAAUUGCAAAUAUACACCAAACUCUACUCAGCCUCCUUGUUAAAUGCAAAUCAAUGCUUGAACUGAAGCAACUUCAUGCUAUUGUAAUCUCUUUCGGCUUAUCACAAGAUGACCCAUUUAUAUCCAAAAUUCUUUGUUUUUCUGCUCUGUCCAAUUCAGGCGACAUUGAUUAUUCCUACAGGGUUUUCUCCCAGCUUUCCAGUCCAGCAAUUUUUAGCUGGAACACAAUCAUAAGAGGCUACUCAAAUAGCAAAAAUCCAAUUCAUUCCCUAUCAAUUUUUUUGAAGAUGCUGCGACUUGGGAUUGCACCAGAUUACUUAACAUACCCAUUUCUUGUGAAGGCAUCAGCUCGUCUUUCAAACCAGGAAACUGGUGUAUCUGUGCAUGCCCACAUUAUAAAAACUGGGCAUGAGUCUGAUAGAUUUAUCCAGAAUUCUUUGAUUCACAUGUAUGCUUCUUGUGGGAAUAUUGUGUGGGCUCAUAAGGUAUUUGAUAAUAUGCAGGGAAAAAAUUUGGUUUCAUGGAAUUCCAUGUUGGAUGGCUAUGCUAAGUGUGGAGAAAUGGUUUUGGCUCAGAAAGUUUUUGAGUCCAUGUCAGAGAGGGACGUUCGGUCAUGGAGCUCUUAUAUUGAUGGUUAUGUUAAGGCUGGGGAAUACAGUGAAGCUAUGGCUAUCUUUGAAAAGAUGCGGGCUAUUGGGCCCAAGGCCAAUGAAGUGACUAUGGUGAGUGUCUUGUGCGCUUGUUCACACCUGGGUGCUCUAGAGAAGGGGAGAAUGAUGCACAAGUACAUAGUUGACAGUGGAUUACCACCGACAUUGAUUUUGCAGACUUCUCUUGUGGACAUGUAUGCCAAAUGUGGGGCAAUAGAGGAGGCUUUGCUUGUAUUCCUUGGUGUCUCACAGAGUCAAACUGAUGUGUUGAUUUGGAAUGCAAUGAUUGGAGGUCUUGCAACACAUGGGUUAGUAGAUGAAUCUCUUAAAUUGUUUAAGGAAAUGCAAAUAGUUGGUAUCUGUCCUGAUGAGGUCACAUAUUUGUGCUUGUUAGCUGCCUGUGCCCAUGGAGGGUUAGUCAAAGAAGCGUGGUACUUCUUUGAGAGUCUUGGUAAAUGUGGCAUGACACCUACAAGCGAACACUAUGCUUGCAUGGUAGAUGUGCUGGCACGUGCAGGUCAAUUAACAACUGCAUACCAAUUUAUUUGUCAAAUGCCCAUAGAACCAACGGCUUCCAUGUUAGGUGCUCUUCUUAGUGGGUGUAUUAACCAUAGAAAUUUAGGUCUCGCAGAAAUAGUUGGCAGGAAGCUUAUUGAGCUAGAACCAAAUCAUGAUGGAAGAUAUGUUGGCUUAUCAAAUGUUUAUGCAGUUGUCAAACGCUGGGAUGAUGCAAGAAGCAUGAGAGAAACCAUGGAGAGAAGAGGGGUGAAAAAAUCGCCUGGGUUUAGUUCUGUUGAAAUAUCUGGAGUCCUUCAUAGAUUCAUUGCUCACGAUAAAUCGCAUCCUGAUUCAGAAGAAACUUAUUCUAUGCUAAAUUUUGUUGUCUAUCAAAUGAAACUUGGCUGUCGCCAAGACAACAAGGAAAGUUCGUUGAAUGAUAGCUUAACAGAAGAUGAUUUGCUUCUCUAUUGA